CGGCCGCGGGCGGGGCAGAUGCGGGCGGCCCCGAGGGUUCCUCUGGUAGCUGGGAGGAGGCGAGAGGCGGGCGCCUGGAAGAGAUGUCCCGCCGAACGCAGCUCAGGAGCUGCGGGGAACCUCCGAGAGCCGGCCUGGCUGAGGCAACCCAGCAUGGUGGUCAGGAGAGGGAAGCGGCCGUGACCGAGGAGGGGGGCUCUCACAAGGAGGGGAUAUUCGUCAGAUCUGGAAAGGAUAAAUCCAGAAGAAGCCAGGGCAUCACGAGCACUUAUUCUGACUGCCUCUUUGGAGUCACGGUCGCUGCAGUCCACAGCCUCUCCACCAUUCAAUGGAUCGGUCAGCCGCCCAGCUGAGCAAGUUCUCAGGAAUGAAGUUGGACUGGCUGUUUCCCUGUUUAGAUUAUGAUAAAAAUGGAAAUCUAAGUUCAUUUCAAGACAUUCGGAAUGGGGAAAGAUAUUAUUCCAUUUUGGGGAUUGAAAAAGGAGCUUCUGAUGAAGAAGUUAAGAAAGCUUACCGAAAACAAGCCCUCAGAUUUCAUCCGGACAAGAACAAAUCUCCUCAGGCAGAGGAAAAAUUUAAAGAGGUGGCCGAAGCCUAUGAAGUUCUGAGUGAUCCUAAAAAGAAAGAAAUCUAUGAUCAGUUUGGGGAGGAGGGUUUGAAAGGAGGAGCUGGUGGGACUGAUGGACAAGGAGGUACCUUCCGGUACACCUUUCAUGGUGAUCCUCAUGCCACGUUUGCGGCAUUUUUCGGUGGUUCCAGUCCUUUUGAAGUCUUCUUUGGUAGAAGAAUGGGUAAUAAUAGAGAUGCUGAAGAAAUGGAAGUAGAUGGAGAUCCUUUCAGUGCCUUUGGUUUCAGCAUGAAUGGGUAUCCCAGGGAGAGGAACUCAGUGGGUUCGUCCCGACCCAGGCAAGACCCCCCAGUUAUCCACGAACUUAAAGUAUCCCUUGAAGAAAUCUACAGUGGUUGUACCAAACGGAUGAAGAUUUCCCGAAAAAGGCUGAACCCUGAUGGGAGAAGUGUUCGAACGGAAGAUAAAAUUCUCACCAUUGAGAUAAAAAAAGGAUGGAAAGAAGGAACAAAGAUCACUUUUCCAAGGGAAGGAGAUGAAAUGCCCAAUAGUAUUCCAGCAGAUAUUGUUUUUGUCAUUAAAGAUAAAGAGCAUACACAAUUUAAGAGGGAUGGAUCAAAUAUUCUAUAUCCUGUCCGAAUCAGUUUGCGGGAGGCCUUGUGUGGCUGCUCCAUCAAUGUCCCCACAAUCGAAGGAAGAACCAUCCCGAUGUCAAUAAAUGAAGUUGUGAAGCCUGGAAUGAGGAGAAGAAUCAUAGGCUAUGGACUGCCCUUUCCGAAAAAUCCUGACCAGCGGGGCGACCUGCUCAUAGAGUUCGAGGUGAACUUUCCCGACACCCUGUCUUCAGCAUCCAAAGAAGUCCUUCGGAAGCAUCUUCCGACCUCCUAGGAGGAGGGCGCACUCGCUUGGUUACCAGGGUUUCGGCAAGGCACUGAAUAGACAUACCAUAGACAAAGUGGGGUGAAUGCCUUGAGGGUUCAGUGAUAUGCAUGAAUGAGGAGGUCAAAUAAAGGGCAAGAGGGAACUUGCAGUUAAAUAUGGAGAGGAAAACCACUUCUUGUAUUUUAUUUUCUUCUUAACCAGAAAUUUCAUUCACAAUUUUGCAUAUGUGUAAAAUUUAGUUGUUUUGUGAAGCUAGUGUAUGUAUUGCUAAUAAAGUACUUGGUUAUGGAAGUACUUUAUUUCUUAUAUAUAUACAUCAUCAAUAGAUGCUGCCGUUUAUACUGGAGAGCAGAAUUCGUAGAUGAAAUGACAUGUACUAUGGAUCUUCAGGACAUUUUAAAGAGGCUAUUUAAAAAUAGAGAAAUUAGGUUUAAAUCUGCUUCUAUAGUAGUGCUAUAGGGCUGGUACCCUGAUAGAGAAAUUGCCUGGUAGAUAGAUUUCAUUACUUUGAUUUUCAAAAUGUGAAUUUAUGUCAAGCUAUUUUUUUCACCUGUGGAAAUCCUAGUUGCCUGAACUACUGGGUAUUUUCAAAAUAUCAGGCUCAUUUAAAAUGUCACAUGUGUGAUUUUUAUCUGUGAAAGUAGAAUACAUAUGUAUAGGCAUGUAUAUACUUACAUACAUGCCUGUAAACAUAUAUGUUGGGCUUAUGAAGUUAUAGACUCAGCAAGCACUGGCAUAAAUGAUCUAUUUUAAAAUGGAUGUGCUCUUCAAGGCUCUUGUUGAGUCUGUUUUUCAGCUCUGUAAUCAUAAUUUCAUAGUGUACACAAUCAUAGGCUACAUGAGUCAAUUUAAGUAGUUCCUGGAAAGGAACCAAUAAUCACUACUAUAGUGUUACAACCAAAAUACAGGGAAAAACAGUAACUGCUGCUUACAGUAAUGUUGCUACUAUAUAAUAUGUGUAUGCAUGUAAUGGAUUUUGUUUCCAUAUGUACAGUAUUGUAUUUCUCAUGUUUUUAAUUUAAAAAUUGUAAACUUAUUUUUAACUUUCUUUGCUUUUGUUACCAUAGUGAAAAUGAUCUUUUGAAACAAUGUGUUCAGUAAAAUUAUCUGAUCCCUGAGUCUAGAUUUAUUCUGCAUGUCAUAUUUAUAGUACUUUGUUAGACUUUAGUCAUGCCAAGUUUACAGAACCAUAUCACAAUUUAAAAAUCAUAGUAAUGAAAUUUGCAUUUCAGAAAUGAGAUCUUCAGUAGUUUAUACUUUUGUUACAGAAUCAAAAACUCAUAAAAUAGCAAUGAAUUAAAUUAUUCCUGCUUAUCAUUCCAUUUCCUCAUUCAUAAAAGGUUCCUGUGUGGCCAUGUUUCUCAGACUGAAGUUAGGAGCCUUCUCAGAGGCCAUGGAAACAUUGCAUGGAGGUGUGGUAGCACAGUUCUAUCUCCAUUUUCCUCUUCUUUACCUUCCCCUUCUUCCUGAGUAAUACCACCAUCACCACAUUCCAACCAUCUGAUCCAGUUAAUUUCUUUUGUGUCAAUAUUACACUUAAUUCUUACCAUGCCUUUUUAAAAUUGAAUGAUAAUAGGAUAUAGGAACUUUUCAAAAUAGAUAAAAUAAACUUUUUCUUUUUGGAGAGGGGAAGAAGAAGGUCAUGUGAUAAUAGAAUUAUUGCUUUACAGUCAUUGAAGUUAUGUGGACUUAAAAAAAAAAAGUCUACCAUGUCCAUUUCCUACACAGCUUCAGAUCCCAGAAUCAAGAUUUAUAGGGUACUCACUGAUAUUUUGGCAUGAUGAACUUCAUAAGGUCAAUGCUCAACAAAUAUUUAUCGGUCAGUGAAUGAAUGUAGCCAUGAAAUUGGAUUUUCUCCCCCAGUCAGAGAAGUAGAACUCUUUAGUGCAUUAGACCCUCCCAUUUCUAGGAUGAAUACUAAGGGACCAUACAUGCCAGCAUGAUUAUGAAGAAAACACUUUGUAAAGCUUCAGAAAAUGCUCUACAGAGGUUAGCUGUACAGAACAAAUGAGGUGUUGGCAGACUUUCACCGAGGCCUGGCCAUGGACGUUUUGGGUGUAGUUUAUGGAUAGCCUUUUUUGGAGACAAAGAAUAGAGCUCGUUUUCAGUUAUUUGUAGGAGAGAAUUGCCUUAACUGUGGAUGAAGGAAAUGUAAUAAGAAAAUGGAAUUGUACUUGUGUCAUUAGUAAAUUGUUCACAGUUACUGAUGUAGAUCUGUAUAACCAAAGGAUUAUAACUUCCUCACUGAAUAUAAUACUUCAGAAUUGAAAUAUCCAUUAAAUUUAGCAGCAAAAAGCUUCUCUGAGGUAUAAUAACCUCAGAUGUAACACUAAGUAUGUGUCUUGCUAAUUUCAAAUUGUGUCAUACUUUAUCUGAGAAACUUAAGUUUUGUAGAUUUAAAUAUAAUUUUGGCUGUCAUUGCACAUUAGCUAUAAUUAUUGAAGCAAAGAUUAGAGUAAAAUAAAUGUCGAUUUCAUUGUUGUUUGUAAUAGUUUAAUAACUACUUACCCUAUGGUCCAUUAAUAUCUCACUAUAAAGGCCAUGCAUGUUCCUUUAAAAUGCAUUUUGAAUUUUAUUAAAAACUCUGUAAACUCUGUA